GGCUGGCGGCGCGCACGGCCGGGCGCCGAGGCACUGCGGUCCGGGCGGCGGGCGCGGGGACGGGCGCCGACUCCCUCCCGAGAAGUUUCCUGAGUUUCUGGGACUGGUUUCCCCCAAAGCAGUGAUUUCUAGUAGAAGUCUGAAGACCUGAUCAAAGGAAAAAAAAAUCCAGUACAGCCAAUGAAUUAAGGACAAGAAGGUUUCCACUCAGCACCGUAAGUAACAGAUGGAAUGUAAGCAGUCAAAUCUGUCGAAAGAAUCGAUGAGUCCCCUUGAUUCUAAGGAUAACUAUAAAACCAACGGAGACCCCAUAUUUGCCAAGUCCCUGCUAUGUGGAUAUUUGUUAGCAAUGACUGAUGUGGAAACUACAUAUGCAGAUUUUAUUGCUUCAGGAAGAACAGGUAGAAGAAAUGCAAUACAUGACAUCCUGGUUUCCUCUGCAAGUGGCAACAGCAAUGAAUUAGCCUUGAAAUUGGCAGGUCUUGAUAUCAACAAGACAGAAGGUGAAGAAGAUGCCCAGCGAACUUCAACAGAACAAAGUGGGGAAGCUCAGGGGGAAGCAGCGAAACCCGAAAGCUAACACCCCCCUUUGAUCUUCGUCCACACGUGACCAUGUCUCCAACCUCCAGGCCUGGCUGGGAGGCAUCUGUGCCCAAGAGGGAAAAGGGGGAACAGAAAAUGGCUGUGCUGCUCACUGUCCUGUUGAAAAUGGGGGCAGAGGCUGUGGCUGCAGACAGACUUUUCUCUACCUCUGUCAUUAGUAAUGGCUGAAAUCAUGUGGCUUGUGUUCGGGCGUCAUUUUUGUGCGGACCCUUUCACUUGACCACGUGAUGAAAUGCUUGUAGAGAGUAGCACCGACCUGGAUGACGAUUCUUCCUGUAGCAUCUCAGAGGAUUUAAUUGUGUCUAAUUGCAAAGGGUUGGUUGAACCCCAGAGUUUAAGUGUCUCUGGCCCAGGUAUUCAGCCAGUAAGAGAACCAUCCAGAAAGCACUGUUUUCUGCGUUACGUACCCGUGUGUUCCUGCUGUGUUAUUUACACUGUUUUGUAUUGUACAAUAUAGAUGCUCGGCACUGCCCCCCCCCUUCUUUGAUUGCUCAUGAAAAACAAAAACAAUGUACGUUACUGUGAAUUUUUAUACCACUCAUUUUUAAAAGGGCUGUCUUCUUUUUUUCUCCAUUGUGUGGUGGUGUACACAGGAUACAGCACUUUAAAAACAAAACAAAACUUAAUCUUAACCUUUGACUCACUGCUGAUGAAUUGACUAAGUCUAACAGAUUCAUCAAGUCUCCUUUGCUUUUAUGAUACAGGCGUUUAAAAAUAUCCAUUAAUGUGAAUAUUACCUGAAUUCAGUUUGGUGUCUGCCCCACAAUUCGAUCUGCAAAUUUUAUUUUAUUCCCAAGUGGAGAACUUUGAGUAUUUCGGAGAUUUAGGAAGGUGGGAAAGAGAAGCUAAGAUAACACUAACAACUGGAAAUGUUUUGUUGUUAUGGCAUCAAAUUUCCCACAAUGCUGUAUACUAGCAUUUAAAUUUUGAGGACAGCUUAUCUCCAGGGAGCUGAAAAAGAUGGAGAAAAUGGUCUCCUUGCAAUCAUGUGGACACCAACCACAAAAAUAAAGCCCUCGUGUUGUGUUUUUCAUGUCUUUUUUCAGCCCUAUCAGAUCCAAAUGUUAUUAUUGCACUUUUUAAUGUUUGUAAACUUUUACUAAUAAUUAGUGUGAAUUGCAUUCUGAUAUAAUAAUCAUCAUCAUUAGAAGCUACCAGAAUCCUCAUUAAUACUCAUUAAUACUGUUGAUGGCCUCAGCUGUGUUUUGACAUCAUGGUCCUUACAUGGAAAGUUUCUGUGAGCUGUGUAAUCCCUCUGGACAGUAUUAUGAACUCAUAUAUCUGUGGUAAUAAAUAAGGAACCAGUAAUAUGCCAAUGGCUCAUGAAUUACUGGACAAAUAGCAGACAACAGGAAGACCUUUUACGAUAAAGAGCCCACUUAACUGUGCUCCAGGUCUUAGGUACAGUCCCAUGUGAAAUAGCAUAAGCAGAUUUCCCCAGAUAACCUAUUUGGACAUGCCAGCAGCUCAGCCCUCCUUCAUAUGUGCAUCAGGAUGAACUCAUCUGCCUUGCCAGUACUUUUCAAAAGAGAAGGAUGAGGGCAUGGGCAUCGUUUGGUCCUCAAGCCUACACUACUAGAAAACAUGUUAAUAGUGUGAGUCUCUCAGAAAAUAGAAAAAGGAAAAAUUAAGUUUUAGAGUACUUCCUUCUAUCUAACCCAUGAGGGCCCAAAAUGUCCAGUUAAAGUUCAAACAACUCUACCUAUUAGUGGGACAAGAGGUUCCUAAGGCUAUUUUAGACAAUCUCUGCUAGUUCAUUUUAAACAUCCAACCCCAAAACUCAUUUUUUCAAUAUCCUCAUUUACUAUCCUCAUAGCUUUCGUAUGAAUCUAGGCUAAGUUCUCCUCAUCCUUAAAGUGGUGGAAUUCCAAACUGAUUUUAUGUGGUUUUGUAAAGUUUAGGACUAGUGCUGAGUAUAUGUGGAGGGUUGAUAUUCCUAUGUGCUGUAAUAUGAUUAAUGCAUGUGGUGUCAUGCUUGUCUGUGAAUAUAUAAUACUGCUAAAUUGUGAA